GGCUGCUUUCCGGUCAGGAGUGUCACUGGUAACCUCUUAGCCUCGGCAGCCGGAGCUCCAAGAAGGGACUGUUUCACUUCGGAUAGAAUUUUAUAUACACCUUUGUUUGGGAAAGUUCAGCCCUCAAGAUCCCCACAUCAUGAAUUCAGUUUCAACACAAUUGAUUUUAGUGUUUACUUCACUGCUCUUGCUUCUGCCUGUUGUUGAGGCAGUAGAAGCUGGGGAUGCAAUUGCACUCUUAUUAGGCGUGGUUCUCAGCGUUACAGGCAUCUGUGCUUGCUUGGGGAUAUACGCAAGAAAGCGAAAUGGACAGAUGUGACUUUGAAGGACUCUUCUGAAUUAGACUUCACCCUGACCACACUGAAAACCAUUGUGCUAUGGAGGCCAAACCUAAGGUUUGAACUCUCCUGUUCCCAGCAAGAAGGCUGCAGUUAAGAGGAUGGUUUCACAGUCUUGUUUCUCAUAAGAUGGGAGGAGAUGGGGUGGGGUGGGAGUGGGGGCUUUUACAAUGAAGAGUGCCUGCGCUAAUAACAUGGCCUAUACUUUGUAUUUGCUGUUUAGGAAGGCGGCCAAAGAGGACUUCAAUUUGCAGAAGUAUUAUUUCAUACUUUCUAAAUUGUUAAAGCACAUGAAAUUGGAAGAAGGAAGUAUUUGCUCAGACUCUAGUAAAUCAACAUUGUUGCUGUAUUAAUCACUGCCUCUUGAAUUCUGCGGGAAACUUUUUCUCCAUAUUUUUGUUGUUGUUCUGUUUUAUCUUUCUAUUUGAUAUUGAACUUAGAUAUUAAAUAGUCAAAAAUUGAAACUUUUAUGUCUGAGAAAAAAAUUAACUAAAAUGUACUCAAGAUAUCUAAUACUAAAAUGGAGAAAAGAUUUGUUUAAAAAAUAACUUUACAUUGAGUGGCAUCUUCUUUGUGAGAAGUACUGUAUUGAAUACAUAUCCAUCAUGC